UAUAGUCAAUCAGUCACCUCUUGCUCAGCAGGGAAUGUCAUGGAUGACAGCGGGAAUGUGGGGUUACUGUGGCACGUGAGAAAGCCAAAGCAACAAAACGUGGAACCCAGAUGUUGUUGCUUUUGCUGAGUGCAGAAUUUAUUCUCUUCCCAGUGCUGGUGUCUGUUCGUGCCCUCACUGUGGAAGCACCGGCCAAGCAGAUACAGGUGGCACGAGGAAGGAACGCAACUCUCCGCUGUAAUUUCAAAACUGAGGCUUCUGUGGACAUGGGAGACAUUGUUGUCUGGAGCAAAAUCAGCACUGGGAUUGACGCUGUCACAAGGUAUUUUGAUGGAUUUGUACAGUAUGGUGAGGGCUACGAGAACCGUGUCCAGUUCAGUGGUGAUGUGAACAGUGGGGACAUCAGCAUCACCAUCAGCGACGUUACCAUGGAGGACAAUGGGACAUACGUGUGCUCCGUCCGCCUGAGGAACGACUCCCCCCGGCAGAGCGCAGUCCUGUCCCUCUUUGUCCUUGUUGCACCAUCCAAGCCUGACUGCGGGAUUCUGGGGACACCACAGUAUGGACAGACAAUCAACCUAACCUGCCUGUCUCAUGAGGGCUCCCCAAAGCCCAAAUAUACCUGGACAAGCUUCAAUAUACAAAAUGAGCCCCGAGCACUAGAAAACACAGAAGGGGAACGAAUAACUCUGAAGAACAUCUCAGCGGAUACCUCUGGCUUCUACAUCUGCACUUCAACAAACAUUGUGGGGACGGAGUUUUGCAACAUGACAGUCAGCGUUGUGCCACCAUCCAUGAACAUCGCUCUGUACGCCGGGAUCAUCGCUGGAGUCGUUGCUGCAAUCAUAGUGAUCGGGAUCUUGGCCUAUUGCUGCUGCUGCCGCCAGGGUGGCAAGGACAGCGACUACGAGAUGACGGUGCAAGAAGAGAGGAAUGAACGCUCCAAGGAGAUGCCAACAAGGCAGGAGAGCACAGAGGAGGAUGUUGCAAAUGCAUGAAGAAAGAAGCAAGAGGCCAAUGCCAUCUUCAGGAUUUGCUGAGGCACAAUCACCCCUGUAGAAAAGAAAUCAGUCCCUCUUUCUUACUGCAAGAAGUGAAUAAUAAAAUGAAAGCUAAUGGCUCUACCUUCAAGUUCUGGGAGAGAACAUCUUUGUUUCCCUGCAAAGAAGUGCUUUAUGUACAAUGAGUGCUAAUAACAUAACCUCACAGAAGAAAAACACGUGUGGAGCACUGUUGCACCCAGUCAUCCGAAAAUAACCAGUCUUUCUAGACUCCCCCACUUUCUGAAAAAAGAAACCAGUCAGGUCUAUUUGGAGAACAGAGUUGCUGCUGUAGCCCCAGCUACGGAGAAGGUUUCAAGGUCACCAACUGCAAUUCAUCGAGGAAGGAGGGGUCUUGUUUACGGUGCCAUACAAAUGUCACAGCUUACAGCAUCAUCCAGUACAGCAGCUUUUUCUAUGGAGAUCGAAGCAAGCUGAUUUUUAAGGACAUUAAAUGUGUUCUUUGCACAUAUUAUACAUGAACACAUAAAUAACGAUAUGGGAAAAAAUUCAUAGA